GUUUGUUGUUGAAUGUUGAUUUGUUUAGCAAAGUACCAUGUAUGUACUGUAUUGAAUCAUAUAUAUUAAAUUCAUAGGUACAUAAUUUUAGAAAAUUUACUGAGAAUUAUAACUCACAAAUAGACAUCAUUUAGUAUAUAUUUCAUCAAUACGAAAAUAAAACCGUGCUCUUAGAUUAAAUAUGGCAAAAAAUACUUCAAGUUCUGCUUUUCGAAAAAUUGAUAUAGACCAAUACAAUGAAGACAACUUUAAAGAAGACGAAGCUGAACAAUCUAUUCCCACUGGCCCUGAUGAAGGAGAAGUGUGUUCAUUUCUUAAUCAAGGCCGAUAUAUUGAUGCAUUGAAACAUGUUUUGAGUAAUGCUCCCAUUGGCACAUCUGACCAGCAAGUAAAAGAUAAUGCUUUAUCUCUGACACUUAAAGUAUUGCUCGCUAUAAAAUCAGCUCAAAUAGAAGAGGCCGUUGGAAGUCUAAACGUUGAUGAUAUUGAUAUUUUGAUGAAGUACAUCUAUCGAGGGUUUGAGUAUCCAUCGGAGGGUUCAAGCGGCCACCUCCUGCUUUGGCAUGAAAAGGCAUAUAAUGUUGGUGGCGCCGGGUCAAUUGUGAGAGUGCUGUCUGACAGAUUGAAAGUUUGAUUAUAUAAUAAUCAAUUUCAUAUCAAUCUUAAAUCAUUUAAUAAAUUAUUCCACAGUU